GGGCGGUGACGUGCCCUGUGUGGCGGGGACGCGCGUUGGAGGACCAGGGCGGACCAGUGGGCAAAGACACUACGAUCUUUGCUAGCGGGUGUCAUGGCGCUGCCUGCAGGAGAAGCGGGGGGCGGCGGGGAUGCGGACCUCCACCGCUACCGUUCGCCCCUGGUCAGCCGGUACUCGUCCCCGGAGAUGGCCUUCAACUUCAGCGAGGCCAAGAAGUUCAACACGUGGCGCCGGCUCUGGCUGUACCUGGCCAGGGGCGAGAGGAUGUUGGGAUUGCCGAUCACCGAGGAGCAGCUCCAGGAAAUGGAGUCAAAUCUGGAAAACAUUGAUUACAAGAUGGCUGCCGAGGAGGAGAAGAAGCUGCGCCACGACGUGAUGGCCCACGUCCACACGUUUGCCCACUGCUGCCCCAAGGCCGCUGCCAUCAUCCACCUUGGAGCCACCUCCUGCUACGUCGGGGACAACACGGAUCUGAUCGUUCUCCGCGAUGGUUUCGACAUCCUCCUGCCCAAGCUAGCGCGAGUGAUCAGCCGGCUGGCGGGCUUUGCCCAGGAGCACGCCACUCUCCCAACCCUCGGCUUCACCCACUACCAGCCGGCUCAGCUGACCACGGUGGGGAAGCGCUGCUGCCUCUGGAUCCAGGACCUGUGCAUGGACCUGAGGAACCUGGAGCGCGCCCGUUCCGAGCUGCGUUUCCGGGGGGUGAAGGGAACCACGGGCACCCAGGCCAGCUUCCUGCAGCUCUUCGAGGGAGACCACAGCAAGGUCGAGGAGCUCGAUCGCCUGGUGACAGAGAUGGCCGGAUUUCAACAGACCUACAUGGUGACGGGACAGACGUACAGUCGCAAGGUGGACAUCGACUCUGUGGCCGUACUCUCCAGCCUUGGAGCCUCAGUGCACAAGAUCUGCACUGAUAUCCGCCUGCUGGCAAAUCUGAAGGAGAUGGAGGAGCCCUUUGAGAAAGAACAGAUCGGCUCCAGCGCCAUGCCCUACAAGAGGAACCCGAUGCGCAGCGAGCGCUGCUGCAGCCUGGCCCGCCACCUCAUGAUGCUGGUCCUGGACCCGCUGCAGACCGCAGCCGUGCAGUGGUUCGAGCGCACGCUGGACGACAGCGCCAACAGGCGCAUCUGUCUGCCCGAGGCGUUCCUCACGGCAGACGUGAUCCUGAGCACACUGCAGAACAUCACGGAGGGGCUGGUCGUUUACCGAAAGGUGAUUGAACGUCACAUCCUUCAGGAGCUGCCCUUCAUGGCGACCGAGAACAUCAUCAUGGCCAUGGUGAAGGCCGGGGGCAACCGGCAGGAUUGCCACGAGCGGAUCCGCGUCCUCUCCCAGCAGGCGGCGGCCGUGGUCAAGCAGGAGGGAGGCGACAACGACCUGAUGAGCAGGAUACGCAGCGACCCCUACUUCAGCCCCAUCCACGGGCAGCUGCAGCUGCUGCUCCGCCCCAGCUCCUUCAUCGGCUGCGCCCCACAGCAGGUUGUCCGAUUCCUGGAGCAAGAGGUGCGGCCGAUGCUGGUCCGGUACGCCAGCCAGAUGGAGGGAAAGGUGGAGCUGGAGCUGUGAGAAACGGCGAAGAACAGUAGUGGUCCCCGCACCUCCGUGUUGCCGUUCAUCCAAGACUUGCGGGGCAAGGCACGGGUGGGAAUCAUGCUUUUGAUUUGUGUUCUGCUUGACUAGAGAGUGUUAAUGUGUACAGGUUCUCCCAAGGUUACGGGAGCUCACGAUACAGAGAUCCCACACAUAGGAACAAGUGCAAGGUGGAUUACAGAAAGAUUCUGCUGUGUGAGAACUCAGUUCCCAGUAACACCAUUGUAUCUUGCAGAGAAAUCUAACUGAGUUAAACCUCCCCAGUUUUAACUACACAAUGGCCUUAAUAGGCCGACGUUUUUUUAAUAUAUUAGAAACAAGGAACUGCAGGUGCUGGUUUACCAAAAGAAAAUGGAGCAAAGUGCUGGAGUUACUCAGUGAGCCAGGCAGCAUCUCUGGAGAACAUGGAUAGGUGAUGUUUCAGGUUGGGAGAGUGUAAAAGCAUCUCAAGCUGAAGCAUCAUUUGGCUAUAUUUGGCUAUAUUUAAGAGGGAGUUAGAUGUGGCCCUUGUGGCUAAGGGGAUCAGGGGGUAUGGAGAGAAGGCAAGUACGGGAUACUGAGUUGGAUGAUCAACCAUGAUCAUAUUGAAUGGCGGUGCAGGCUCGAAGGGCCGAAUGGCCUACUCCUACACCUAAUUUCUAUGUUUCUAUCAUCUAUCCAUGUUCUCCAGAGAUGUGUAGGAUCUGGAGAUUCUGGUUUACACUGAAGAUAAGACACAAUGCUGGAGUCACUCAGCAGGACAGGCGGCACCCCUGGAGAGAAUGGGUGACGUUUCAGGUCGAGACCUUUCGUCAGUCUAAGAAUUAAGGGAGAGGGAGUCUAGAGAUAUGGAAGGGUAAGGUGUGAAAAUGACAGAUCAAAGCAGACGUUGAUCAAAGAAAUGUGAAAUGGUUCCUUGUUGGUUAUGGGGAAGGUGACAACGAGGCAUACAAACAGUAAAAUUAACCUGGAGGACAGUGAACUGGGGUGGGGGAGAGACAGCGAGAGGGAAAGCAAGGGUUACUUGAAGUUAGAGAAUUCUGUCUGACAUGCACUUUGUCUUUUUUCUUAAUGGUGGAAACUUGAGUUAUGUACAAUUGUCGGGAAUGGAGCCCUGUUGUAACCUGGGAGGACCUGUAUCUAUCCAUGGCAGGGUGUUGAUGAUUGGAAGUGUUGGUCAGGGCCGCUGAAGCUGCAGUGUUACUCUGGAUAGAAAGCCUCAUGUCAGCCGCAGUUCAUGUGGCUGUCUCCCAGCUGGCGUGGAAAUGUGAUUGAAGAGGCGUCUUCUCCAAACCCCACCACCAAGCACCGCUCAAAACCACAGGUGACUCCAGUCAGACUAACAGUGAGGGUUCCAGCCUGCAGCAUGAUCUCUGUGGGAGUUGUAGUCUGGCUGCACUUCAUGCCCUUGUAUCAAUUUAUUCCAGUUGGGAGAUCACUGCCCAUGCUGGUGCUCAGGGUAGUUCUGUACAGCUGAGAGAUUCUGUCUCUUUUAAAUAAAGGCCUCUUGGAAUUUUGUAUACAGAA